GGCAAAGUCCAUGACCUGCGCGAUGAGCUUGCACUCGAUAAAAAAGAUGGCAAGAGUUCCCGUCGUCGCCAUGCCCUGAAAAAGGUUGUGGCCAACAUGACCAUGGGAAAUGACAUGUCUGCUUUGUUUCCAGAUGUCAUGGCUUGCAUAGGUAUGCCUCAGCUGGAAGUCAAGAAAAUGGUUUAUCUGUAUCUUAUUACCUACGCAAAAAGCAAACCUGACUUGACCGUCAGCGCCAUUGGGUCCCUUACAAGGGACACGGGCGACGACAAUCCACUUAUUCGGGCAUUGGCACUUAGAACAAUGGGCAGCAUACCCGUUGAAGGUGUCGCUGAAAAUCUUUGUGGCCCUUUGCGUAGAUGUUUGUCUGAUAAAGAUCCAUAUGUGUGUAAAACGGCUGCCAUCUGUGUAGCAAAAAUGUUUUUCUUUCGAGAGGAUAUUGUGCGACGUGAGGGAUUCAUAGAUCUGGUCAAAUCGUUGCUCAACCACGAAAAUCCAUCUGUAGUCGCCAAUGCUGUUGCUGCCCUUUCCGAUAUGACAUGCCGUUCUCCUGAUGUUGGGUUUUAUCUUGAAAUUGGCUCUGCAAACAAAAUUCUGUCUGCAAUCGAAGAGUGCAGUGAAUGGGGCCAGACGUACAUUCUUGAAGCUCUCAUGACAGUAGUCCCAGAGAAUUCUCAUGAUGCGGUACUACUUGCAGAUCGAAUUUCUCCUCGUCUUCAGCACUCCAACUCUGCAGUCGUGGUUGCUGCUGCGCGUGUCAUGUUGUAUCUGGUGAACUAUUGUGACAAUGAGGUCGCAGUCAACACUAUUAUCAAAAAGCUUGGUCCACCUCUGGUCACACUUUUACAUAGUACUCCAGAGGUGCAGUAUGUAGCACUGAAAAACAUUCUUCUCAUUCUACAGCGACAACCUGAUUUUUUGAAAGCAGACUUGAAAGUCUUUUUUUGUAAAUACGAUGAUCCAAUAUAUAUCAAACUUGUCAAAUUGGAGAUUUUGUUUUGUUUGACAGACGAAGUCAACAUUAAAAUCGUAUUGCCAGAGUUUAAAGAGUAUGCGGCUGAGAUUGACGUUGAUUUUGUACGCAAGGCAGUUAGAUCUAUUGGUCGCUGUGCCAUUAAAAUUGAACAGUCUUCAGACAAGUGCAUUGAAGCACUAGUUGAGCUCAUCACUACAAAAGUGAAUUAUGUGGUCCAGGAAGCCAUUGUGGUUGUCAAGGAUAUCUUUCGAAAAUAUCCCAAUAGAUAUGAAAGCAUUAUUGGCACACUCUGUGAAAACUUGGAUGAUCUCAAUGAGCCAGAGGCAAAAUCAUCCAUGAUUUGGAUUAUUGGCCAGUAUUCUGAUCGAAUUGAGAAUGCAGACGAGCUUCUUGAACAAUUCCUUGAUAAUUUCAAAGAGGAUACAAGUAUGGUUCAACUUACUCUUCUUACUGCAACCGUAAAGUUAUUUAUUAAACGACCAGGUGCUGGAGUUGAUCUUGUUCCGCGCAUUCUUAAGUUGGUCACAGAGGAAAUAGACAAUCCAGACUUGCGAGACCGCGGGUUUAUUUAUUGGCGGCUGCUAUCGACUGAUCCAGUGGCUGCUAAAGCAAUCAUUUUUUCAGAAAAACCAUCUAUUACUACAGAAAAUGACAGUAUGGACGGGCCGCUUUUAAACAGGCUAUUGUACAAUGUGUUCACACUGUCAUCGCUAACUCACAAGCCUCCC